GUUUUGUUCAUGAUGGCAAAUGGACUGAGACGGUGUUUGAAAAUUAUUGAUUUGGCAAUCUGUUCUGCAGUCAAUCAAGCAUUUUUCAUGUGGGUUUUCUUUACACUUUUAUUCUCAGCAAUUUAUUCAUUAGCGCUUAAAUUAGUAGAUUCUGCUUCUAUAUCUGAGGCUACAAAUAAAACUGUUAGACAACCUCUUGUUGAAUAA